AUGGAUAAUGAUCAACCUUGUGCGAAUUCCAUUAUUGACAAUAACCAAAAGAAGAUGAUGCAUAGAGAUACUGAAAGGAAAAGAAGACAAGAAAUGGCCACCCUUUAUGCAUCACUAAGAUCCACACUGCCUCCUCAAUCUAUGAAGGGAAAACGUUCAUUGGCAGAUCAUAUGAACGAGGCUGUGAAUUAUAUUAAACUCCUGCAAACCAGGAUCAAGGAACUUGGUUCCCGGAGAGACGACCUAAAGAUACAAAGGUCGUCGCCAGAUUUGAGUAGUACUAGUGCUCUUGGCCUGGAUGGGAAUCUUAGUGGAUCUACUGGUAGCUCUUCUUCAUUGUUAGCAGGAAACUUUUCAACCAGCCGUGCUGUAGUCAACCCUUGCUUAGGUGGCGUUGAGAUUGUAAUCAGUUGUGUUACUGGUGUGGUCUUAUCAAGACUGCUGCAAAUACUGCUUGAACAAGGACUUACUGUAACUAAUUGUGCUACUACCCAUGUUAACAAAAGGCUUGUCUACACCAUCCAAUCCGAGGUUAGCAAUCCAUCAUGUAUAGACUUUCCUGGGCUGGAGCAGACACUCACUAAAGUCAUCUCAUCAUCCACCUGAUGUUGAAGAUGGCAAUGUAUAUGGUUAUACAGUUAAUUUACAGAAAGCCCGAGAAAGUUUAAGUUCUAGGUUUCUUCUCUGCAAGAACGUAACACAACCGAUCAUCAUCAGCAACUUUUUGCUAAUUUGCAUUGCUUGAUUUGUC